AUGAGCCGCCAUUUCUUGUACUACUGCAGUGAACCUACCCUGGAUGUGAAGAUUGCCUUUUGUCAGGGAUUUGGGAAACAAGUGGAUGUGUCAUAUAUUGCCAAACAUUACAACAUGAGCAAAAGCAAAGUUGACAACCAGUUCUACAGCGUGGAAGUAGGUGACUCAACCUUCACCGUUCUCAAGCGCUACCAGAACUUAAAACCUAUUGGCUCUGGUGCUCAGGGAAUAGUUUGCGCUGCAUAUGAUGCCGUCCUUGACAGAAAUGUGGCUAUUAAGAAGCUCAGCCGACCAUUUCAGAAUCAAACGCAUGCCAAACGAGCUUACAGAGAGCUGGUCCUCAUGAAGUGUGUGAACCAUAAAAAUAUUAUCAGUUUAUUAAAUGUCUUCACACCACAGAAAUCUCUGGAGGAAUUCCAGGAUGUUUACCUGGUAAUGGAAUUGAUGGAUGCCAACUUGUGCCAGGUGAUUCAGAUGGAAUUAGACCAUGAACGAAUGUCUUACCUGCUCUACCAAAUGCUGUGUGGGAUCAAGCACCUUCACUCUGCGGGAAUCAUUCACAGGGAUUUAAAACCAAGUAAUAUUGUGGUAAAGUCCGAUUGCACGUUGAAGAUUCUGGACUUUGGACUGGCCAGGACUGCAGGCACCAGCUUCAUGAUGACUCCCUAUGUGGUGACACGUUAUUACAGAGCACCAGAGGUCAUCUUGGGAAUGGGCUACAAGGAGAACGUGGAUAUAUGGUCUGUGGGAUGCAUUAUGGGAGAAAUGGUUCGCCACAAAAUCCUCUUUCCAGGAAGGGACUAUAUUGACCAGUGGAAUAAAGUAAUUGAGCAGCUGGGAACACCAUGCCCAGAAUUCAUGAAGAAGCUACAACCCACGGUGCGGAACUACGUUGAGAACCGACCUAAGUAUGCUGGUCUCACUUUCCCCAAACUUUUCCCAGACUCUCUCUUCCCAGCCGACUCAGAACACAACAAACUCAAAGCCAGCCAAGCCAGGGACCUUUUGUCAAAGAUGUUGGUGAUUGACCCAGCCAAGCGGAUAUCAGUGGAUGAAGCCUUACAGCAUCCAUACAUUAAUGUGUGGUAUGACCCUGCGGAAGUGGAGGCGGUAAGUGAGUGGAGUGUUUUCUGCUCACCAGACUUAAAAAAGCCUCCUCCUCAGAUAUAUGAUAAACAGCUGGAUGAAAGAGAACAUACGAUUGAGGAAUGGAAAGAAUUGAUCUACAAGGAAGUAAUGAAUUCUGAAGAAAAAACUAAAAAUGGAGUAGUAAAAGGACAGCCUUCUCCUUCAGGUGCAGCAGUGAACAGCAGCGAAAGCCUCCCUCCAUCCUCAUCUGUCAACGACAUCUCCUCCAUGUCCACUGACCAAACCCUGGCAUCUGACACCGACAGCAGCUUGGAAGCUUCUGCAGGACCCCUCGGUUGUUGCAGGUGACUAGCCGCCUGCCUGCGAAACCCAACGUUCUUCAGAAGAUGAGGCAAUUUAGGGGGAAAAUAAUAACAAGAAUAAACGAUGGAAAAGAAGAGAAAUAAAAGAUAAAGAUUUAAAUGAAACAACCCUUUUCAGCCUGCUUCUCCUACAGAGUUAUGUAAUGCAGCUAAGCUCAAGUAUAUAUUUAACUUAUAGUUGCUCUGCUUUGGUCUUCUUCCAAUGAUGCUUACUGAAAAAAAAGGGGAAUUAAAGAAGCCUUUUUUUCCGUAAAAUGUAAAAUUAAUGGCUGCAAAACCAGCAACCUGCAACCGUCCUUUUCACACUGGCAUGACAAGGUGUGCAGUAGCCACUCUACGUAUGUAUGUGUGUGUAUCUGAUUUCACU